UCGGGGGCGGGGUUGAAGGGUCGGACAGGACAGGAAAAGAAAAGGAAGGCGAGGACAUCCGUAACGAACACGAUGGCAGCGAUCCGUAAAAAACUGGUAAUCGUCGGUGAUGGUGCCUGUGGGAAGACCUGUCUGCUUAUUGUCUUCAGUAAAGACCAGUUCCCUGAGGUCUACGUACCUACAGUGUUUGAGAACUAUGUGGCAGAUAUUGAGGUGGACAGUAAGCAGGUGGAACUGGCACUCUGGGACACAGCUGGACAAGAGGACUACGACAGACUACGGCCUCUCUCCUACCCUGACACUGACGUCAUCCUCAUGUGCUUUUCCAUAGAUAGCCCCGACAGCUUGGAGAAUAUCCCAGAGAAGUGGACACCUGAAGUAAAACACUUCUGUCCAAAUGUGCCCAUCAUUCUUGUGGGUAAUAAGAAAGACCUGCGGAAUGAUGAGCACACACGUCGGGAGCUAGCAAAGAUGAAGCAGGAGCCAGUGAAGCACGAGGAGGGCCGGGACAUGGCAAACCGCAUCAAUGCGUUUGGCUAUUUGGAGUGCUCAGCCAAGACGAAAGACGGCGUGAGAGAGGUGUUUGAAAUGGCCACCAGGGCAGCACUGCAGGCCAAGAAACGCGGCAAGAAGAAUGCCUGCCUCCUCCUAUAAAGAGCUGGGGCAAGACGGGAGAGGGAGGGAAGUUGGAAAAACAUUGCACAGCUUUUCUAAUUCUCCCUUUCUGAGAGGGUGUGUGGGUUUCAAGGGGGCAAGGAUAAAAAUGAUCUAACUAGGCCAAAAGAAAUGGAGAAGAUGAAGGUCAAACGGAAAAGGGAGAUUUUUAUGGGCAAGGUGUUCGCCAAUCCACUUUCAAUAUGAGAUUAUCGCAUGGUAAAUAUUUUAUAUUGGUUCUUGGAUGACACACUCUCUCCGGUAAACUUGUCAGAGUGUGGUGGUGAUUUUUCAGAACGACAUGGGUGAUACUAGUCUUCUCAUUAGGGUCUUUAAACCCAGUGCUAUUGACCUGGUUCAUAGAGCUGCGCAUCGUCGAAGAAAAAGGGGAUUCAUUCCAUUCUCCCGACUCUGACCUCCCUGGCUUGCAGUUUGUCUGCGCUUGUCUUUACUUUCUCUAGCCAUACCUGUAUGUGUUUAUUUUUGUUUUCUUUAUGGAUAGACUAACCAUAACCUAUGAUAUUGUCAGUCCAAUAGUGUAGUUCAUUUGAUACAAGCAAUUAAGAUUUAUUUAAGUAGCUCAUUGUUUUAAUUUGCCUUUCACUAUAAAAUUCAUAUUGCAAUGCAUACAAUAAUGAUACUAACAGAUUUGAGUGUUUUAUAGCUGUACAUGUAUGUAAUGAAAAUCAUUUUAGAAUUUCAUUGUAUCAUUAGUUGGCCUCAAGUCAGAUAAAAAUAUUAUACAUUUUAUAUUGACUGUCAGACACUGUUUGGUUUGAAAGUGGGGUAUGAAUAAGGUGAAAUUAAGUUGCAAAUUUGGUAUUUUCAUCUUGCAGAUGUUUUUGCCUGCAUGCCAGACUUUGGGGGUGAGUUUUUGUGGGCCUAUUUCUCACUCCCUCCAGUCCGCAUAUUUCUAACAACUGUUCUGGUUUCCCUUUUUCUUGUACUGUAUGUUUAACCUUGUGUGAGAGUCUACUAGCUUAUCCUGUAUCAGUUAAGCAUAUGUUGCAAAAAAAAAUAAAAAAAUAUAGUAAUUUUAGAAUUACAUUUUAAAAAGGAAAUGUAAAAUGCUUGAAAAGUCAUUCAUGCAAUAGGACAGGAUUUCAAACAAUUAAAUGCAAGUAACUUUAAACAAAAAGUAAUUGGUGAGAGAGGGGUCUUUUGUAUACAAAUGCAUCCUCACAUUUCCUCAGUUCUCUUAAAUGUACUCUAAAGAAAAUAAAUUGUUAUAGGGAAUGA